CUUGAAAAAAUAUCGUUUAAUGGAUCUUAUUUUGCCAUUUAUUCCACAUACUACUGUACUUAAAUUAUCAAUAUGGACUACAACAGCAUAUAUAGAUUUUACCAAUCGUGAAUCUGCAUUAGAAUUUAUGAAAAUCUUACAAUAUAAUUGCGGUGAAAAAAUUGACAUUGGAUGGACUAAAAGCAAGGCAAUAGACGAAUUGCAUUGGUUUGAUUUUGAUACAAUGUUACGUUUGAAGUGCAUAGCUAACAACUGGGAAGUUCCAAUCAUAUUAUUUGGUAGUUAUUACAAAGAGCAGUCAUUGCAAUAUUGCGCUGUAGUAUUGCGAAAUAUUACUGAUAACUAUACUGAAGCUCGCUGUAUAUUCUGUAUAAUGCACACCGAUCAAUUGGUGGAUAUACAUUCCCGCGUCUGCGAAACUGUUUGCACUUUAAUUGAUGGUAUCGGGAUAUUUCCAGAUGUCAACUACUUAAUAGACGUGCAGUAUAAUACCGCACAUAUAUUGGGUUGUGUUGUACAAUUGAAUAACUUUAUACAGGUAAUUGGAACGCGCACAUCAACUGAGAAUAAUAACUUCGAAUUUGAUAUUAAUGAAUUAGUUGAUCUUUCCUGGGCAGUAGCGAUUUUAUGUCAAAUGGAUGGAGAUGUGCUUAUUGAAAAGUAUUACCAAACCUUUCAAACUAACAAUGUAAAAACAUAUCUCCCGUAUGUGAGUGUGUUAGGAAAUAGACUUUUUGGUACUAUUAUACCAAAUUAUAGACGCAAACUUCCUAUUGGUCAUGAUCUUAAUGACACUAAGUUAAAUUUUGCUCUAUGUCAUAAAAGUACUUCUUCUAAUUAUAAUCCCGAUAGGCCAUAUACUCCUACACCGCAAUCACAAGUCCAAUGCAUUAAUAAGAACUUUAAAUAUGUCUCUUUUGAACUGCAACCACUUGAUUUAAGACAUGAUCGGACCAGUUCUCAGUUAAAGUAUUUGCUAUUUGGUGAUACACGUUCUUACCAUCCAGAAAAAAAAUUGAAAAUAGAUAUUAGAAAUUUUAUUGGUACAUCGUAUAAAAAUAGUUUUAGAACUGUGCAUAAAGCAGAUCGACCUCCACCUCAAUAAUUUAUAUGAUGAGUUUGCAAUCAAUUCUAAAAGAGUGUUGUACGUGUGUAUAGGUUCUGAAAAUAUGAUAAU